UCGUGGGUUUGACAGACGCCGGAAGUGGGAGGCCCGGACGAAGCUUUGGAUGGUUUUCUUUCGUUGUGUGCCGGAAGCAGAAGAGAUCCUUCAGCCGGCAUGGCGGUGGGCUGGUUGAGUUUUGUGCUUCUCUUCGGAGUGGCCGCGUUUAGUACUGCGGCGCCGCUUGAGGCUGACGGGGGAGGCCCAGAGACUGCCAGAGGCAGCGCGACAGGGAUGGUAGACAUCAUUCAAGGUUCUUCAAAUCUCCCUGCAGAUAAGCAAGACAAUAUUAAAUCAAGCCAGAAUGGCAACUCAAAAGAUGUGAUGCAAAACCAUGUCUCUGUAGCCACAGAUGGUGACCCUGAUCAUAAUCCUGAUGAGCUGGCAGGCAAUGGUAAAUCCAAACAAAAAGACAACUCACAAGUUAUGCCCUCAAAUGAUGGAUCUGAGAUCCAGGAUCAUCAUGCCCCUGCUGUUAGUCCUGACAAGCGGCCAGACAAUGGUGAAUUCAAACAAAAAGGUACCUCACAAGUUAUGCCCUCAAAUGAUGGGAACAAGGAUCAUCAUGCCUCUGCUGUUACUCUUGAUAAGCAGCCAGACAAUGGUGAAUCCAAAGAAAAUGGUAACUCACAAGUUAUGCCCUCAAAUGACAGAUCUGAAAGCAAGGAUCAUCAUGCCUCUGCUGUUAGUGCUGACAAGCAGUCAGACAAUCGUGAAUCCAAAGAAAAUGGUAACUCGCAAGUUAUGCCCCCAAAUAAUGAAUCUGAGAGCAAGGAUCAUCAUGCCUCUGCUGUUAGUGCUGACAAGCAGCCAGACAAUGGUGAAUCCAAACAAAAAGGCAACUCACAAGUUAUGCCCUCAAAUGAUGGGAACAAGGAUCAUCAUGCCUCUGCUGUUAGUGCUGACAAGCAGCCAGACAAUGGUGAAUCCAAACAAAAAGGCAACUCACAAGUUAUGCCCUCAAAUGAUGAAUCUGAGAGCAAGGAUCAUCAUGCCUCUGCUGUUAGUGCUGACAAGCAGCCAGACAAUGAAGAAUCCAAACAAAAAGGCAACUCACAAGUUAUGCCCUCAAAUGAUGGAUCUGAGAGCAAGGAUCAUCACACCUCUGCUGUUAGUGCUGACAAGCAGCCAGACAAUGGUGAAUCCAAACAAAAAGACACUUCACAAGUUAUGCCCCAAAAUGAUGGGAGCAAGGAUCAUCAUGCCUCUGCUGUUAGUCUUGAUAAGCGGCCAGACAAUCGUGAAUCCAAAGAAAAUGGCAACUCACAAGUUAUACACUCAAAUGAUGGAUCUGAGAGCAAGGAUCAUCAUGCCUCUGCUGUUAGUGCUGACAAGCAGCCAGACAAUGGUGAAUCCAAACAAAAAGGCAACUCACAAGUUAUGCCCUCAAAUGAUGGAUCUGAGAGCAAGGAUCAUCAUACCUCUGCUGUUAGUGCUGACAAGCAGCCAGACAAUGGUGAAUCCAAACAAAAUGAUAACUCACAAGAUAUUUCCCCAAAUGAUGAAUCUACAGGUGAGGGUGACAACAUUGCUCAUAAUCUUGGGCCACUAGACAACACUGAAUUAAAUCCUCAGCCUUCAAAGUCAGAUUCUGCAUUGGAACCAGAUGAUGAAGACAUAAGUAAUGGAGAUGGUGGUGAUCAAGUGGAACAUGAAGAGAACAUGGUGGAACAUGAAGAGAAUGAGGAGAAGAAGGAUGAGUCCUCCAAGGAUGAGAAAAAGAACUCCCUUCCACCUGGCCCAUCCACCAAAGAAUCUGAGAAUAGCCACUUUUUUGCCUACUUAGUGACUACGGCUAUUGUUGUUGCUGCCUUAUACAUUGCCUACCACAACAAACGAAAGAUAAUUGCCUUUGCUCUGGAAGGAAAGAGAUCAAAGUUAACCCGAAGGCCCAAAUCCAGCGACUAUCAGCGACUGGAUCAAAAGAUCUAAGGCAAAACCCAACCCCCCACACCUGAUGCUGGGUUGAAUAAGAAAUCGCCCCGAAAAUAAGCACACAGAAACAAUGGGGGAACAUCCUACCUUCCAUCAGUACAGCCGUGAUGCUCUUCAGCUGUGCCCAAGGGGAGGGGGGAACAGAAGUGCUUUUUGAUUCUGCACGUGCACUUUGGUAACGGUCAUGUCUCUGUCAUUCUUUCCAAGUCCUCACCUGUUUGUGCACCCUUCUUGGCUACUUGAAGUUGGAGUGUUUUCUCCCAUACUGUGAUGUAAAGAACUGUCAUGUACCGCCUGUGUCCAAAUGAUGUGGUCCUGUUCUGCUAUGUUGGCACAAAGGGCUGUACUUAGGAGGUGCCUUGCCUGUCGAAUAAGCAGGCUGCACGCUCUCCCUCCUAAACUCCUGGCAUGAUCUUGUGAAUCGACAUGGUGGAGUUGUAGUUGACUCAGUGAAUGCUGUCAACAGCUGUGUGUAGUGUUGAAAUUAGAAGCUCACUUUGGGAUCCUUUGCACUAAUUGAGACCUUUUGCUGGGGGAAGGGGAGUCUGUUGGACAUUGUCCGCAUGUAGAUGACAAAAUUUGAAAAUCAACGAAAGACUUUCUAGAGAGGAAAGUCCGUGAAAAGAGGGGUCACGAUGCACAGUUUGUGGUUUUCUAAUUCUUUCUUUUUAAAAACGGCACAUUGCUUACUAUUAUCCCGAAGAUAAAAUGAUUUAAAGUUUGCUGGUGUGAGAGAAUCUGAGCUGGAGUGUUUUGACCUUCCCCACUCUGCUCUGUGCCAUGUUUCUUUUGAGAAGAAUUUCCACAAAUUUUUGUCAGUCAUUAGUGCCAUAUCCCCAUCACAAAGACACAAGAAUAAAAUCGCUGGCGCUGUUUUAAGUAACUUAAAAAUGGUAAUUUGCACUCAGUGAUAAUUUGCAAUGCAUAAUUGUUCAUAAUUUGCCUUUUGCUGUGUAAAUCCACUAUUUUAGUCCCACACAGAUUCUCAUUCUUGAUCCUAGGAGUCUGCAGAUUGCUCUUGCAUAAACCUGAACAUCUUUGUUUUCACUUAAUAGCUUUUUUUUUAAGUGUGUUUUUAAGUGUGAAGAACAUUUGUCUAAAAAUGUAUGCUAAUAGUCACCAAUGCACUGAAUGUUUUAAUUCUGUAGUAGCACUAUCAUUUUCCAAAAGUCCUUGAAGUUUGAACAAAUGUUCCUACAGAUCCUUGUAAUUCCAUAGAGCAAGCUGUAAUGCAGAGUAGUCUGUUCUUUGCAUUUGUAUGGUGGCCAUUUGCAAACUGCAGCUCUUCCGAGGCUCACGUCUUAUUUCCACUCAUCCUAAGGAAGAGGGAGAAUGUGGAGAAGAAAGUAAUUCUGUCUACCUAAACCUCUUUCAUUUUGCAUGCUUUCCCAGUUCUUAAUCAAGGAUCAAUUUAGGAAAACCUGCUUCAAGUCACAUAAUUGCAAUUUAGGAGUCUUACUGUUUCUUCAAUGUUCUUUAACGCUGACCUUUUUGGCAGCUCCCUUUAGCUUCCUUUCAGCUUCUGCCCACAUGGGAGAAGCAUUGCUUCUUUGAGAAAUACUCUUGCAAGAACUGGGUGAGAUGUAACCUCCUCCCUCGCUUGGAAUGGAGGACUUACCCUCCUUCUCCUCCAUCUGGAAAGGAGUCCUUUAUUUUGAACCCAGCUGACCAAAUUAUUCUCACCCUUAAAAUAUGAAUGAUGGCAUAUGAACCCUUAAAAUAUGAAUGAUGGCAUAAUCAUUUGUCUCUGGCGACACCAACCAACAUUUGGAUUUGUGUGUUAGCCAUACAUGCAAAGAAGUUGCAAAGAACCAUCAUGGUGAUAAUUCCCAGGCCAGUACGUGACUUCCUUGCAACCAGAUGCAGUCCUCCUCUUCCAAUACUGAAUGGAGGUUCUCAGAGAGCUGCAGUGUGGCUCUGUGCAAUUAAACCAUUAGAGACUGACUUCUGUCAUUAUGCUUGAUUUAUGAUGUUUUGUGCUCUUUUCCUUAAUUCUCUCACAGAAAGAAGUCUGUGGAAGUGGGUUUUUUAUUUUUUUAAUUGAGUUUGUGUUUUCUCUAAGGCAAGAGGCCUAAAGUUCAUUUUUGUUUUCAAAUAAAUUAAAACCUGGUCCACAUUCUUUGUGUUCAUGUAUUUACCUAAACUUCAAAUGAGUUUGCCAGGUAGCUUUUAGCCAGGUAACUUUCUUGCCAAAUGUGAUUCCCCCCCCCCUUUACAGCUUCUCUACUCUGUUUGAAUCCACAAAUGUGUGUUUCUGGUUCUGGCAGCUUUAAAAUGAGACACUUUAAAAAUUCAGACUUGUUUUUAAGUUUUGUAAUUUUUUGUGCGGUGAACUAAAUAAAUGGAUAUACCAAA